UUUGACACACCUUAUUGAUACGGUUGAGUGUUUUUAUUGCUUUCUUGUGUUAUUUUUUACAAAAUAAAGUUAAUAACCGUGAUUAAAGCAUUUAAUUCAGUGAUAUAAUUGUUUAUUUCUACGUAUUCGUAAAGGAUUAUCGAUUUAUUAAGAAAUGGCGACCUUAACAGACCCUUACGGUACCACUGGGCAGUUAACAUUGAAAUGGGAUCCCAAGAACUUGGAGAUCCGAACGACUUCGGUGGAGCGGACUCUGGAGCCUCUUGUACUCCAAGUGACUACUCUAGUUAACAGCAAGGAUAAAACUGCAAAGAAGAAGAGACCGGGUAAAUCCAAGCGUGCGAGUGCUCUAGUCGCUACGGUGGAGCGAGCGACUGAGAUCUUCAUAGAACGAGGUCAGACUAUCGCAUACGAGAACCCGGAGAUCACUCAGGAGAUGCUCACUGCGGUGGAGGAGGUCAGGAAAGCCGGCGCGGCGAUGUCUUUGGCCGCUCGCGAGUUCUCUGAGGAGCCGUGCGCGUCCGCGGUGCGCGGCGCCAUGGUGCGCGCGGCGCGGGCGCUGCUCUCCGCCGUCACUCGCCUCCUCAUCCUCGCAGACAUGGUGGAUGUGCAUCUCCUGCUGGCUAAACUGAGAGCAGUAGAAACUGACUUAGACAAGUUGAAAUCAGCAUCAUCACAGUCAGAGUUAGUGGAAUCCGCUCGUCAGUUUGGUCGCUCAGCCAACGAGCUGGCGGCGCAGGCUGCCAAGAGACAGAAGGAGUUAAAGGAGCCGAGGAUGAAGGAUGAACUGGCAGCGGCAAGAGCUGUGCUGAAGAAGCAUUCGACUAUGCUGCUCACUGCUUCAAAGGUAUACGUGCGUCACCCGGAGCUGGCCGCGGCAAAGGCCAACAGGGACUUCGUGUUGCGCGCUGUUUGCUCCGCUGUUGAUACUAUAUCUGCGGUCGCUCAGGGCCGUCCGCUGCCGUCAGCAGGUAACAACCGCCCGCCUAUUGAAGGUCCCGGGGAAUUGGCUCAAGCGCUUGAUGAUUUUGAUGAGCGCAUGGUGAUGGAGCCGCUGGCGUACUCGGAGCUGCGCACGCGGCCGUCGCUGGAGGAGCGCCUCGAGUCCAUCAUCAGCGGCGCCGCGCUCAUGGCCGACAGCUCCUGCACCAGGGACGAGAGACGCGAACGUAUCGUGGCGGAAUGCAACGCGGUGCGACAAGCGCUGCAGGAACUGCUGCACGAGUAUAUGACCAAUGCUGGUAAAUCUGAGCAGUCGGAGGGUCUGGAGCGCGCCAUCGAGCACAUGUGCCGCAAGACAAGAGAUCUGCGCCGUCAGCUGCGCAAGGCGGUCGUCGAUCACGUCUCUGAUAGUUUCCUGGAGACCAACGUGCCGCUGCUGGUGCUGAUGGAGGCAGCGAGGAAUGGCAAUGAGAAGGAGGUUGAGGAAUAUGCGAUAGUUUUCACUGAACACGCGAAUAAACUCGUUGAGGUGGCGAACUUAGUCUGCUCCAUGUCGAAUAACGAAGACGGCGUGAAGAUGGUGAGACACGCCGCUGCGCAGAUUGAAGCUCUCUGCCCACAGGUGAUAAACGCGGCCCGUGUGCUCGGCGCGCGGUGUCGUUCCCGUGUUACAGAGAAUCAUAUUUUAGAAGAUGUGAAUAAAUGCGUGGUGGCGCUGCAAGAAGGAGACCCUGACUCUCUGGAGAGGACUGCGGGAGCUAUCCGCGGGAGAGCUGCCAGGGUGUGCUCUGUGGUGACGCAGGAGAUGGACAACUACGAGCCCUGCAUCUACACCAAGCGUGUUCUAGAAGCAGUCACCGUGCUCAGAGAUCAAGUGAUGUCGAAGUUCGCAGUGCGUGUGGACGCGGCGGUUUCCGCAUUAGGCAGUGGUGCCGGCGCAGGUCUGGAUGAGAAUGACUUCAUAGACGCGUCCAGAUUGGUCUACGAUGGUGUAAGAGAGAUCAGACGUGCGGUGUUGAUGAACCGGGAUGAUGAAGACCUGGACCCUGAAGAUGUGGAGCUUGAUGAGCACUACACGCUGGAGACGAGGAGCAAAUCGAGCGCUCACACCGGCGAGCACGGUGUGGAUGAAUAUCCCGAUAUUAGUGGAAUUACUAAUGCUAGGGAAGCCAUGCGUAAAAUGACUGAAGAAGAUAAGCGUAAGAUCCUCCAGCAAGUGGAGCUAUUCAGACGGGAGAAGAUGACCUUCGACAACGAGGUCGCGAAAUGGGAUGAUGCUGGGAAUGACAUUAUCAUGCUGGCUAAACAUAUGUGCAUGAUUAUGCUCGAAAUGACGGACUUUACUAGAGGCCGUGGUCCGCUGAAGACCACGAUGGAUGUGAUCAACGCGGCCAAGAAGAUAUCUGAAGCUGGCACCAAGUUGGACAAGCUGACUAGAGAGAUUGCUGAACAGUGUCCGGAAUCUUCGACUAAACAAGAUUUGUUAGCGUAUCUGCAACGUAUAGCUCUCUACUGUCACCAAAUACAGAUAACAAGCAAGGUGAAGGCGGAUGUGCAGAAUAUAUCAGGAGAACUCAUCGUCAGUGGGUUGGACAGCGCUACUUCGUUGAUCCAAGCUGCUAAGAACUUGAUGAACGCGGUUGUGUUAACUGUGAAGGCGUCUUACGUCGCCUCCACGAAGUACACGAGGCAGGGAACCAUCGCUUCCCCGAUAGUAGUAUGGCGUAUGAAAGCGCCGGAGAAAAAGCCUCUAAUCCGUCCGGAGAGGCCGGAGGAGGUGCGCGCCAAAGUGCGUCGCGGCAGCCAGAAGAAGCAGCCCAGUCCAGUGCGAGCUCUCGCUGAGUUCCAGAGCCCUGCCGAGAACGUGUAGAUGAAAAACAGAUAUGUGUCAACAAAUGAAUGGAACGGUUUAAUGGAGUAUUGACACAUAUACACAGGAGAUAUCAAUUAAAAGAUAAAUUGAAAUUUAUACUAGAAUUCAGAAAAAGCAUCGAAACAUUUUACAAUAUCAAAACAAUUUAUCUUGCAAUUUUUGUAAAAAAAAAAACAAACUAAAAAAAAAUAAAAAAUCUUGGUAUGACGACUCUACCAAUUUUAAUGUGUCGAUAUUGUAACGUGAUUUUUUGCCUAAUUUAUGUAUUUAAUUAGCAUUUGUAACGAAAUAGUAAAUAAUUCGGGUUUUUUACCCGAGUUUUAUUGUUUUUUUUUUGGAAGUUAAGGAAUUUCCAUAGAUUUUUAUUCCGAGAAUUUAAUGAAAUUA